GGCGGGAGGAAAGGCCGCUCCGUGGGCAGGGGGCUGCCUCGCGCAGAGCGGCUGGACCGAGCGACGGCGCGGAUGGCGGACUCCCAGCUGUUCUGCGUGGCCGAGGAGCGCAGCGGCCACUGCGCAGUGGUGGACGGAAACUUCCUCUACGUGUGGGGGGGCUACGUGUCUAUUGAAGACAAUGAAGUAUAUUUGCCUAAUGAUGAGAUUUGGACCUAUGAGAUUGAUAGUGGGUUGUGGACGAUGCACCUCAUGGAAGGAGAACUCCCUACCUCCAUGUCAGGAAGUUGCGGUGCUUGCCUUAAUGGAAAGCUAUACGUUUUUGGAGGAUAUGAUGACAAAGGAUACAGCAAUCGACUUUAUUUUGUUAAUUUGCGAACAAGAGAUGGAACCUAUGUUUGGGAAAAAAUCACCAACUUUGAAGGUCAACCACCCACACCACGUGAUAAACUUUCCUGCUGGGUAUAUAAAGACAGCCUUGCCAAGAAUUUGCAGGCAAACUUAGAUGUUUUGGGCCAAAUUGAUAGAUUAAUAUAUUUUGGUGGCUAUGGGUGUAGGAGACACAAUGAACUCCAAGAUUGUUUUGAUGUUCAUGAUGCGUCUUGGGAAGAGCAGAUAUUCUGGGGAUGGCAUAAUGAUGUUCACAUAUUUGACACAAAGACACAGAGUUGGCUUCAACCAGAAAUUAAAGGUGGUGUUCCACCGCAGCCACGAGCCGCGCAUACGUGUGCAGUUCUCGGAAAUAAGGGCUAUAUCUUUGGCGGACGAGUUUUGCAAACUAGGAUGAAUGAUUUGCACUAUCUAAACUUAGAUACCUGGACCUGGUCUGGAAGGAUUCCAAUUAAUGGAGAAAACCCCAAACAUCGGUCAUGGCAUACUUUAACACCAAUAGCUGAUGAUACGCUUUUCCUAUUUGGUGGACUAAGUGCAGACAAUAUUCCAUUAAGUGAUGGUUGGAUUCAUAAUGUCUUAACAAAUUGUUGGAAACAGCUUACACAUUUACCUAAAACAAAACCCAGGUUAUGGCACACAGCCUGUUUGGGAAAAGAAAAUGAAAUAAUGGUAUUUGGUGGGAGCAAAGAUGAUUUACUUUCCUUGGAUACAGGUCAUUGUAAUGAUUUAUUGAUCUUUCAAACACAGCCUUAUUCACUACUCAGGUCAUGCCUUGACUGCAUUGGUAAAAAUGCUAUAAUUUUAGAAAGUCAGAUAUCUUUAUUACCUCCUAAACUUCUCCAACAAGUACUCAAAAAAAUAACAUUUUGGACUGCAGUUAAUCACCGAGAAGAACAAAGAGCUCAAAAAGAAGAAACAGAAAAUAAGUAUCAGUGGAUCAGUAGCAAUUAAGUUGUUGUAUACUCUAUGUAUUUAAUAUGUUUAAACAUUUUAAUCAGACUGUAUAUUUACCCCCCAGAUUGGAGGCUUGAUUUAGAAGAUAAAAUUUGAAACAAAAAUUCUAUGUUAAACUGAUUGUAUGGCAUGAGAUAUAUAGGAAGAAGAUGUUAAUGGCAGAUUAAUUUGUAUUUAUAUUUGUAAAUUAACGUAAAUUAAUUUCCUUAUAAGCUGCAGGAAAAAAAUCUACUUUCUGAAAGUAAGUAUAAUUGUAAGAGACUUUAACUCACUGUGUCUUCUUUACUGGAAAGAUUAUACAAAUUUGAGGAGAAUAAGAAAUUACCCCAAGGACUUUAGAGAUUCCCCAACCUAAAGAUAGAUAGAUAUAUAAAAACACCUCAUAUCAACUUUCAGAAAGAAUAGAUUUUUCUCAAGUCACUUUAAAAUUACAUAAAGCUUCCCAUUAAAUGACUCGGUUAUUUAAAGAACUUCUCCUUAAAUAACUAAUACAGCUGGCCAAAAUGAUAAAAUAGGCAAGCACUGCUAUGGGAUUAAAUAUUGAACUCCUACCCUUUUAGCACUUAUCUAGUAAAGUAUUCUUCCUCACCUUUGAGUAGGGGAAUAAAUGUCUUCAAUUGUUUUUCUGUUACCUCUGAGUUGUUAGUUUGUCCCAUUUUAUAUGUAUAUAAAGACCAUGUUUGAAAGUGUCUAAAGUGGAGAUUUAUUUGUCAUACAAGCUUUGAAAUAUUGAGAGGCAGUAUAGUUAUUAACUUUAGAGACACCUGAAGAUACAUUUUGCCUUGGGGGAAUACUUCUAAAGUAACUUUCAGUGAAUUAUGAAAUGGGAUGAUAACCUAGUAAUUUGCCUUUCUAGAAACCCCUCGUUUUGGCCCACACCAUUCUACAGAGUUGGUGCUCAAGACCCAGGAUAUUCAAAAUAUGUUAUCUUCCCAUUUCUUUUCAGUAUUAACUGCCUAUAAAGAAAUGGAACAUGAAUAUUUAUCUUUAUGUUCUUUAAAUAGUACUUUUGCCAUGGUUAAGAAGUUGUUCACAUAUCACAGUUGUACCCAUCCAUUGAAUUACUAAUAACAAGGAAUUACUAAGAAUUUGGUAUAUAAAAUUACUGUCUACCAUACCACCAUGCACGUUGAGUCUGAAAUUUAAAAUGUUGGAGUAAAUAUAUUUCUGUAUUGAAGUGCAUGUAUAAUUUAUAAUGAAAAUUACAGUAGUUUAUAGAUCUCACUACAUUGUAGAGAUAUAUUUUAUAUAUAUGUACUGUCUUUUAGAUGUGUAAAGCUUCUAUUUAUGUAUUGAAAUAUUUUGUGUUUACAUUUUAUUUAUUAUACAAACUAUAUAGAAUUACUAUUUUCCUAGUUUUGUUAGUGUGAACCAGUCAUUAGAAUUGAUUGUGCAAACAAUAUUUCAGUGUAAGUUUUCAUUUUUUCUUACUAUUUUCAGGCUGAAUAACAGAUUUAUAAUCUCAUAGGUAAUAUGGGUCUUAGAAGUAAUAUUUUAUUACUAUGAACUUCAGUAUUUGGCAUUCUAUAAGGAAAAAAUAUCAAAACAUAUUAGACAGUGAUAGAUGACACUGAGUGGGAUGAAUACUUUUUAAAAUGGCUUCUGGGUUGUGUGAAUGUCUUCUCUAGCCUCUUAGAGAAGCACUUCUGUUUUUAAAUGGUUUACCUAAACACUAAAAGUUAGAUUAACCCCCCUCAAAACACACACUCUUCAUUUAGGCUUCAAGAGAAUGAAAAUCUACAUAUUAUUUAUGGCACACAAAACUGGUACUCUUCUUAUUUGACUUAAUAUAUUGUACUGCUUCAAAAAGUUAUGUCCUGAGGUAGCCCCAUAGUAGGAGUGGCAGGGAAUUCUAAUCUGAUCUUCAAUUUCCAAAACUUGGCUUACAGCAGGGCUUCCCUGCUAUUAGGAGAUGUGGAAACUCUGUGAGCUGGCAAAGCCAGUUUUGAAGAUCCCUAGUCAAGCAGUAUUCAUUCCUCACUUCUUAGCACUUAUGGUUUACUAUCAACUUAUAUGUUGUUGACCUGUGCGGUGUAUAGGAACCCAAGGCAACAUCAGCCUCAUAACUUUCUCUCUUAACUCUCCCUUACGGGUUCUCUGCUUGAAAGAUGACUCUAGAGGGUUGACUUUUUUUUUUUUUUUUUUCAGGUGGUUCACAAAAUAGGUUUCCAGUCUGAUUCUCAAGGAAAAAGAAUUUCUGGCCAUCUUUAUUAUGUGUAUCAGGAUAUUCUUCCAGUUGUCAGGAAGGAUUCUUUUGAGAUGCAAUGAGAAGGCAGCCGUCUGCAAGGCAGGAAGAGGGCCCUCAUUAAGAACCAAGUCUGUCAGCACCUUGAUCUUGGACUUCCCAGCCUCUAGAACUGUGAGAAAUAAAUGUCUGUUGUUUAAGCCA